UGAUAUCAGUGCAAACUACAAGUACGUCAAGCCAUUGCAUGAGUAAGUGUAGUUUUGUUUUUAUUUUUUUUGACGAGACUACAUGUUCCAAGAAAAUCAUCGCAUGAGCUCCUGUUUACGAACAAGGAAGCCAUUGGUGUAAGUGACAGGUCUCAUCAUGGAGCUCUUAGGUGGCGUUCUGAAAUGGUUUGGAGUCGAGGCAAGUGGACUCCCUGUGACUGUGUGCCUCUUUCUGCUGUUCCUCUGCCUUCUUUACUGGUAUUCUGUCUACCCCUUCUCUGUCUUGGAAUGCUGUAGCAUCAAACAUCCAAAGCCCUCACCAUUUUUUGGGAACCUCAUGCUGUUUCGAAACGUUUUUUUUGGAGCACAUAAAGACAUUAUAAACAAGUAUGGACGAGUUUGUGGUUAUUAUUUAGGACAGAGACCUGUUGUGAUAGUAGCAGACCCCGAUAUGCUCAGACAGGUGAUGGUGAAGGAAUUCAGUAAAUUCCCCAACAGGAUGACACUUAGAGUCGGCACUAAACCCAUGAGCGAGAGUCUGAUCAUGUUAAAGGAUGAACGCUGGAAACGUGUCCGCAGCGUCCUCACACCGUCUUUCAGUGCAGCCAAGAUGAAAGAGAUGGUUCCCCUAAUCAACACAGCCACAGAGACGUUACUGAGAAACCUGAAGACCCAUGCCAAGUAUGGUGACAGCUUUGACAUACACAAGUGUUUCGGCUGCUUCACAAUGGAUGUGAUUGCCAGUGUGGCGUUUGGUACGCAGGUGGACUCCCAGAACAAUCCAGAUGACCCGUUCGUGCACCACGCCUCCAAGUUCUUCGCUUCCACCUUUUUCCAACCCCUGAUGAUAUUCUUCCUUGCAUUUCCAUUCCUCCUCGCACCUCUCGCUGGCCUUCUCCCCAAUAAGCAGAGAGAUUAAAUAAGUUUCUUUAUCAGCUGUAUCCAGAAGAUAAUUAAACAGAGGGAUGAUCUGCCUCCAGAACAGUGACGACGGGAUUUCCUGCAGCUGAUGCUGGAUGUGAGAAGCAGCAGUGAGUGUUUGUCUCUGGAGCAUUUUGAUGUGGUAAACCACGCCGAUGAACUGGCUUGCACAGAGCAGGGGACAGACAACGGACAGGAAAACAGUCCUGGCCAUGCAUCCAGCAAGCGCACCCAGCAGAAGAGAAUGAUAACAGAUGAUGAGAUCGUGGGUCAGUCCUUCAUCUUCCUGUUGGCCGGAUACGAGACGAGCAGCAACACACUAGCAUUCAUGUGCUACCUGUUAGCAAUCCACCCAGACUGCCAGGCCAAAGUCCAAAAGGAAGUGGACAAGUUCUUCACCAGACAUGAGACAGUAGAUUACACUAAUAUCCAAGAGUUGAAGUAUUUAGACAUGGUCAUCUGUGAGGCACUCAGACUCUACCCACCUGCAUUCAGGUUUUCACGAGAAAUAGGGCCAGACUGUGUGGUAAACGGACAGAUUCUGCCUAAAGGGGCAUCCCUGGAUAUCCCUGUUGGGUUCCUUCACCAUGACCCAGAGCACUGGCCCGAACCGGAGAAAUUCAUACCAGAGAGGUUCACUCCAGAAGCCAAGGCCAGCCGGCACCCAUUUGUAUAUCUGCCGUUUGGAGCAGGGCCACGCAGCUGUGUGGGCAUGAGAUUGGCCCAGCUGGAGAUUAAAGUAGCUCUGGUUCACAUAUUGAGGAGGUUCAAUGUUGUGGGCUGCAAGGGCACAGAGGUUCCUCUGGAGUUGAAGUCAAGCACCACCCUUGGACCCAAGAACAGUAUUCUUGUCAAAAUCACCAAGAGAGAGAAUUGAGGAUUUGAGGAGUCCUGAUAAUGGUUUCAAUUCCACGAUUUAGAAUCUGAUUCUUUUCUAAUCAUAUUACUUCAAAUUAAUCACUAACCAAAUGUCUACUGUAAACUUUUAUUCUGUAAUCGGCUGACAAAUGAAUUUAAUAUAUCAGUACUAGUGCAGACGUCUUUAAGAAACAGCCUUUAUACGCACACAUUGUCCAACAGCCUGUUUUGCUGGGACGAUCAGUUCAGCAAUGUGAUUUUCCUCUUAUUACCCUCACUGAAGAUAAUAAUCAUGUCCUUUAACUAGGAUGGAAAUAUGGUCAAAUAUAUCUUAUUUCAUUAAAACUGAUUUUCAGUGUAAUAUGAAUGAAAGAAUUGGACAGAUUUUAAGGUUAAUUCAAUUUUGACGUAAAUGUAACUAUAAAAGGAACUGAACUGCCUCUAAGUUAAAAGAAGAGGUCUGUCUUGCCUUAUUUCCACUCUAGAAAUUAUUUUGGAUAUGAUAUUUUUACAUCCUUUAAUUGUUUUUCUUAAAGCUGCAGUGCAGCACCUUAACAUGAUUAUUGAGGUUCAGGUUGGACUGAAUGCUGCAUUUUUACCCAACAUAAGAACAUCAUGAAUAGUGGUUGACCGAUAUAUCGCAGAGGCCGAUAAAUCAGAUGAUAUUCUGAGUUUUUAAAUGAUCUGCAUCGGCCGAUAAAUUUUUCUGUUAACCCAAUUAGUUUCCCAAGCCGUGAGGGCACAGAGAAUCGCUUGCUUGCAUGUGACAGACCCGUCUGUGACAUGUAAACGACCAGUCACAGUUAGAUGUGUUGUUACUUGCCAUCGUGUUACUACAAUAAUAGACCGGCGUACAACGUCUUAUUUAAACUGUCCUGCAUAUCAGAGCCGUGAAAAAGUUGCAGGAGCUCAUGACGAAGUGCUCGCUUGUUUCUCUCUCUCUCUCAUCAACAGUUCCUUGUAACUUUUAACUGUCUUGUCUAAUGAUAUAAAGGCAAAUAUAAAAAUAAAAACUUUUAAAAAAAAUUUGAUGACUAAACAAAACCCAUCUAAAACACAAGAAAUGAUUUUUUUAAUUUAUUUUUUUAAUUAAUUUGAGUAAAUAUUGUGCUAAAUAAAUGUACUAUAUUUAUUGUAGCAAUUUUAUGUAUGUGUUAUUUACUAUAAUAAAUUGUGUGGCAU